AUGCUACAACUUGCACCGCAAUGCAGAAACCGCGUCAUUGUUUUCAGAUAUGCCGACGUCACACACACGAUUCUACAAGAUUGCGUCAUGUUCACAAGCCGUAAGACGCGAGUUUACCCUAUAACAGUCAAGCACCGUCUCUCCACCAAGAAAGUAUACUGGAAUGGGCAGUUGCAAAAAGGAGGGGAAAACCAGAUUCAUUGGUAUCUGGCAAACCAGCAGAGCCAAGUGGAUGCCGAUAACCACCUAUCGCACAAGAGCUACGCAGACCUGCCAAACAGGCUGGAUGAUGGGCCGUGGUCACGCUUCAGCCCAACUACUGACGCUUAUAACUCGCAGCACCCGCAGCCACAGUAA